AUGGGCAAGACAAAGCAGUCUACUGGACCAGUUUAUGAAUGGCGCAAUGCCAAACAGCUGGAUGACGGAUGGUGGUCACAAGUAUUGAGCAACUUCACUGUCAACAACGAGAAACCUUCAAUUAUCAAUGUCAAGGUUUCAGAUAAGACGCCCAUAAUCCCAGCGUUUUUCAUCAUGCCAGGGGAAAAAGAGUGCAUCAAAAUUCAAUUCAAAAAGAAUGGUACGGUUGUCGAGAGGACUAUCAGCAAUCCUGCGAAGUCUCAAUAG